AUGGCGAGCUUCGGGACUCCCGAGGCUUUCGAGGCUAUGCGAGCAGUUCUAGGCACCGAGCCGUCGGAAACGUCGCUCUACAGAGCACUCUAUCUCGCGCGAGGCGACGUCGCGAAGGCGAUAAAUUACCACUUGGACCUUGUUCAGGUUGAAAAGUUCACGCUUGAGCAAUUAGCUUCAUCGCGUCAACCGCUUCCCCUCGCCUCCCCUCCGCCGGAAAUGCGCGGAGAGCUUUUAGCGCUUCCGCCAUCCCAACCGCACCCCGUUUCCGCCACCUCUCCGCCGCUCUCCCCGCGUCCCCCUUGUGUCGCCGCUGCUUCUCUUGCAGAAAAGAAGAUCGGAGGGAAUAAUGCGCCGGAGGUUGCGGGAGCGGCAAUGGAGGAAGCCGCGAUGCCGGAAGCGGGUGUAGCCGUUAAUCCUGCGGAGCGGGUUGAAGACUCUGCGCCUUUCGAGGCAGAAGCGGCUCGUCGAACGGGCGCUCUCACUGGCGGAGACUGCACAUCACAUUCCCCGUUCGAAGAGCCAUCAUCACCAAAUGCCGGCGCUUCACCGCCCGCAGCGGUGAGCCUUUCCCCAGACAGCAUCCGCGAGCCCGCGCGCCCCGAGGCAGAGUGUCAGUUCGCGGGGAACACUGCGAUCGGAGGCGGAGUUGGCUUAGUGGGCGCACCUUGUGCCGCAGUUUCCCCCGACGGUGCGCCAAACGAUGAUGCAGUCCCCCCCACGUCGAGCAUUUCCCCGGACACUGUGGUUGAGCCCGUAUGUUCCAGCGCAAACCGGGGCCCUGGCGGAGAGUGCGCAGUGCACUCGCCUCGCGCUGCAGUUUCCCCUCGCGAGGAGCCGCACGCACACCCCACCCAGCCGACUGCUGACUCCUCCCCGCCAGACUCGAUGGAUCCGCCUGAUUCACUGCCGCCCGUAUCCGCAGUUCCAUCUCCAUCGGCAGUGCCGCCCACAUCUACAGUAUCACCUGUAGCUACGGCUCAACCCGAUUCUGCAGUUCCUCCCGUUUCUACAAAUCCUCCCAUGCCUACAGUUGCUACUGUAGCUACUGCACUCCCUCCCGUAUCUGAACUUUCACGUCAGCAACCAGUCCCCAUCGACCCGUUACCGCAUCCGAAGCUGAAGAACCAGUGGAGAGAAGCGAAGGCGGAAGCGUCGCGCUGGUGGCUCCUGGGAGAGCGCCACGUGUCCUGCGUCUCGUUGACACGUGGCGCCAAGGUGGAAGCGUUCGACCCCGUGGAUUUCCACUUCCCGAAAGCCGAGGCGAGCGGUGGUGGCGAGGGGAGCGGGCGCGUUGGCGGAAAGCAGGGCGGAAAGGAUGGCGGAAAGGCGCGCGGAAGGCCGCCCAAGUGGAGCAAGACGUUAUACCGGGCGUCGUCCGCUGGGAGUUCUAUUGUCCGCUUUGGGACAAAGCGAGGAGGCGAGUCCUUUUGGGAGUCGUUUGCUCGAAGCUCUAUCGUCCGUUUUGGGACAAAGCGAGGAGGCGAUGUGGGGUCGCUCCCGCGGGAGUGGGCAGCGGCGCUGAUACCACUGGAGGCGGAGGGGAAGGUGAGGCUGCGCGGAUAUGUGUGCUCCGCCCCGCCAUGCCUCGCCAUGUUCUCCGAGAUCCUACUCACUGUCAGGGUGUACGUGCAGGAGUGCUGCUUCCAGAAGCUCACUCGGGUGAAGGAGCGUGCAGCACACGCGCUGUAUGUGUGCACAGCCGCCCACAUCACCACGCUGCUGCGCUUGCUGGAGCUGCGCCCUACCCGCCCGGCGGAGUUCACUCCAGCGGACUUUAACCGUCACACAGAGAAGCUGGGCUUCACCUUUGCCUUUUCAGAGCGGCAGGCAGCAUCUAAGAGAGUGCGAGCGACUGCAGGAGGGGGUGAGAGUAACGAGGGGGGGGAGGAGGAGGCAAAGUCGAUGACAGACGAGGAGGUCAACCGAUACGUGGGCGUCACUACCAACAACCAGGCGUUGCCGGAGAUGGAGCCCCCCCCUGGUGUGACCUCGCAGCUGCGGUGCUACCAGAAGCAGGCGCUGCACUGGAUGCUGUCCAUGGAAACCAUGGGGCAGACCAUGCCGGGGCAGACCGUGCCGGGGAAGGGCGAGCUUGUGCCGGGGAAUGGCCAGGUCGUGCCAGGAAAUGCUGCAGCAACUGCUGAAAUCUCCACUUCUUCAUGUUCAGGAGCUGCUGAUGCCAGUGGUAGUGCUGGUGCUGCCGAUGGUGGCGGCGGUGCUGGUGGUGGCAAGAGGACGGGUGCAGUGAAUGAGUGCGAUGCGCUGCACCCGUGUUGGGAGGAGUACAUGCUUCAGCACAAUGGUGGCACGCCGUUCUAUCACAACGUUUUUUCAGGGGAAGUUACCCUGGAGUUUCCAAGCGCAAUGGAGAGAAGCAGGGGAGGGAUUUUAGCAGAUGCCAUGGGUCUUGGCAAGACGGUUAUGACCAUAGCUCUCAUUGCUGCGAGCAAGGCGAACAGGGAGAGGGGGAAGGCGAUGGCGAGGGGAACAAUGGGGAAACUGGGAGGAGUGGCGGGUAAGAUGGACGGAGGAGAGGCGGGGAAACAAGUGAGGGAUGAGAGGCGAGAGAGGAGAAACGGGGAAUGCGCUGUUGCCAAUGGUGCUGCUUGUAAGGAGGACGGGGAGGCGCUUGGGGGUGUGAAGCGGAAGAGAGAGGAGUGCAGUGCGGUGGCGGGAGCAGAGAGAGGGGUUCGUGUUGGUUCAAGGAGGAAGAAGCGAGUGAAAAGGGAGGUGGGGGAGGGUGUGAUGCAGGAGGCAGAAGCGGGAAUAGGAGAGGGAGGCGACGCUGUGUUUUUAGACCAUGAUGAGGAUGAGGGUGAGCAAGACGAUAAGGAUGAGGAGUACUUGCCUGGUGAAGAGGGAGAUGAUGGUGGUGGUGCUGAUGCUGGCAGUUCUGACAGCGAUGGUGGCGGUGCUGACAGCGAUGCAGAGGUGCAGGAGGUUGGAGGUGAGACGUGGAGAGCAGAGGAGUCACCAGAGGAGACAAAAGAGGAGGGUGGUAGGGAGGUAGAGGAGUGGAACGGCAACGGCAGCAAGCCCAGGGACAGGAGGGUGCAAGGAGGGACGCUCAUAGUGUGCCCCAUGUCACUCCUCAGCCAGUGGAAGGCGGAGUGUGAGGCGCACACAGCACCGGGCGUGCUGUCAGUGAUGGUGUACUAUGGCUCGCAGCGCCGCGACUUUGAGGCGCGCUUUAUGGCGCAGCAUGACGUGGUCAUAACCACCUACGGCACGCUGCAGGCCGAGUACAAGAAGUUCAACAAGAAAGCGGCAGAGGACAGCGUAGCAGCACAGCAGGUCCCGCUCCCCGCGGAGUUCCUCACAUCUGCCUGCACGCCCCCGCCCUCGCGCUUCAACCCGCCCCCGCCACCGCCGCCCCCGGUGCGGCAGGGGCCGCUGCACAGUGUGCAGUGGUGCAGAGCGGUGCUGGACGAGGCCCAUUUUAUCAAGAACCGCGCGUCUGGUGCCGCUGCUGCCACGUUUGCGCUGCAAGCUGACGCCCGCUGGUGUCUCACUGGCACGCCCAUCCAGGUGAGGGGGGAGAGAGGAGGGGGGUAG